CCUAUUAACAUCAACAAUGUGGCAGUUAACCAAAAUGGGUGGUUAACUACUAAGCACACAGGUACUGGACCAGAACACAUGCAACACAUUCAGCUCUGCGCUUAACAACAAGUUAAUCUGGAACAGCAGCUCUUGACAGGAUGAAGGCCGUGAUUGUUUUGCUUGUACCUCUACUGCUUCCCUUGGCCUCUGCUCAGACAUAUUGGGGCCCCUGCCCAACACCAAUGGUCCAGCCAAACUUUGAAUUAAACAAGUACCUUGGAAAGUGGUAUGAGAUCGAAAAGCUCCCAGCAUCCUUUGAGAAAGGCAAGUGCAUUGAGGCAAACUACGCGCUAAGACCUGACAACACUGUCCAAGUUGCCAAUGUUCAGACAUACAAAGGAAAAAGUAGUAAAGCAGAGGGCACAGCAAUCACUCAGGACCCGAGGGAGCCAGCCAAGCUUGGAGUCAGUUUCUCCUACUUCUCUCCCUACGCCCCAUACUGGGUCCUGUCUACUGACUACAACAGCACUGCGCUUGUUUAUUCAUGCACUGAUGUUCUCCGGCUCUUCCAUGUGGACUAUGCCUGGAUCCUGUCACGCUCACGCAUUCUGCCCGCAGAGGCCAUCUACCAUGCCAAAGAGAACUUCUCACGUAACAACAUCGACGUGAGCAAAAUGUUUCCCACAGAUCAGCAAGGAUGCGAUAGUGCUCUUUAAACAUUGAGGACUGAAAUAUAUAUUUUUUAAAUGCCUAUAUUAUGGGUGAAAAUGGUUUAAGUUAUCAUUAUAAAAUUACUCUUGCAUAAAACUGUCUGAACCCAGCCAGCACAUAAUAUAGCCUAAUGUGUAUAAGUAUGUUGUACCUCUUAAAAAAGAAUAAAUAAAAUGCAUUAUCCUUUGCUUAUGAAGAUUUUGCUUAUGGAG